AUGUCACCGGACCUUUUUGACCAUCUCUUAUCACUUGUUGGACCACUCAUUGCGAAAAAGCACUGCAAAUCACGUAAACCAAUAUCACCUUCCAAGCGUCUUGCAGUUACCGUACGCUAUCUUGCCACGGGUGACUCCCAACAAAGUCACGCAUUUUAUUUCAGAAUUGGGCGUUCUACUGUAUCUAAUAUUGUGAAAGAAUCUUGCUACGCUUUGUGUACCGCACUAAAUCAGGAUUACCUUAAAUCACCAAGUACAGAAGAACAAUGGACUAAUAUUGCUGAUGAAUUUGAAAGAGAAUGGAACUUUCCGCAUUGUAUUGGUGCAUUAGAUGGGAAGCAUAUCGCAAUGGAAUGCCCUCGUAAUGCAGGAUCAGCGUUCUUCAACUACAAAAACGUCCAUAGUAUUGUACUAUAUUGGCGACGUGUGAUGCUAAAUAUUGUUUUACCUUGAUUGACAUUGGGGCAUAUGGACGAGAAAAUGACGCUGGAGUUCUGACAGAUCCUGCCUUCGGUCAAGCAUUUGAAUCUCAUGCAGUACACCUAAAUUUACCCCAGCCAGUCAAAGUUGGUACAAGGUGUCCACCUUAUGUAUUAGUUGGAGAUGAUAUAUUUCCUUUAAAAGAAUGGUUAAUGAAACCAUACCUGGGCAAGAAUUUAACUGAGCCAGAAAGAGUAUUUAAUUAUAGAUUAUCCAGGGCACGAAGAACUAUAGAGAAUGCUUUUGGUAUUCCGGCAGCAAAAUGGCGUAUUUUUCGAAGGCCAAUACGAGGCAGUGUUAAUUUAGUAGAGAAUAUUACCAGAGCCACAGUAUGUCUGCAUAACUAUCUACAGUUAACAGAUAAUGCAGCCUACAUUCCAGAGAGGUUUAUUGAUAGUGAAGACUCAGCUGGUAACAUAUAG